AUGCCGUCCGAUGACGCGGCGAUCCUGGCCUCGAUCGACCGCUACCGCGGCAACGACCCAUACAUGCGGCGCGACGAGUUCUACACGUCCAGCGACCUGGAGCAAGACCGGGCACUGCUGGACGGCCGCGGUGUGAAGGCGGCGCCCGACGGCAGCGGGCUGAUGCGGCACGACAGCUUCCAUGAGCAGCGGCUGACGCUGGGCGCCCGCCCCAGCCUGGACCGCGCCAGCCCGCUGUACGAGGAGCCGGCCGAGCACACGAGCAGCUCGCGCGACGAGCUCAGCGCCACCGAAGUGUCCUACUCGCCCACCACCAAGUCGCCGAGCCCCAGCGGCACCUCGCCGACGCGUGGCUCGCUGAGCUCGCCGACGCUGGUCAAGGCCGAGAUCGACCAGGACAAGCUGAUCCUGGGCAACUUUGAGCCGGACGCGCCCGGCCGGCGCAGCAAGGUGACGACGCCCGUCUCGCCGCCGCGCGAGAACGUCAUCGAGCCGCACCCAGCGUACCAGCAGGGCGGCGAGGAGGCGGCCACCAGCCGCACCGAGCUGCGCCUCGCCGAGGCUGACAAGAAGGUCUCGUUCGAGGACGAGCAGGAGCCGCGCGAGGCCAAGAAGCCGCUAACGGCCCGCGAGCGCUGGUUCUGGGCUUACGAGAAGAUUCUGCUGCAGCUCAAUCCGGCGGGAGGUGACCACAGCAGGAAUGGGUAAGUAGCACCCACGCCAGCGGCUGACCUUCGCUGCGUCAGCGCCU